GAACACGAACCAGGCGCGCGCGCAUGUUUCCACGACACAUUUUGAAAGAAAAUUUACGAAACAAUAUCAAAUAGUACAUUAGUUACGAUGGUUGGACUUCUUUUCAUUGUAAAUGUACCACAGAAAGAAUACGAAGAGUCAAUGAGAUUAAAAAGUCCAUUAAAGCUGAUUAUAGAAAAAGAAAAAUUUGAUAAGGCUUCCGAAAUUGCCAGAGAACUGAAAGAAAAUAAGAAAUACAGCAGUUUGGUGACGAGCGUUGGAUUCGAGGAUCAAAAUAUUUCGAAGUGCAAAUCGACUGAUUGUCUUCACAAAGAUGAUAAAUUAACAGGGUUGUAUAAAUCAAAAAGUGAGAAUACUCUUAGUGAUAGCAUAGACAGUAAGCACUCGUCAUUCGAUGAGGUUAAGCAAAUUAUAAAAUCGAAGAAGAACAAGCUGCAGAUAACACGGCCAGUCCGAGGGAUAGACAUCCUUGGAGCGUUUCACUGGGACACGCCUCUUGAGACUAUUCUGUCGGAAAUAAUUGAGUCUUUGAACAUUUUCAAUGCCACUUGGAAUGCAACAAGGGAUAACCAUUUUUGGAAGGUGAUGUUCUCCCUAGAAUCCGGGAACCUGUGCGAGGAGUUACUCCAGGUCUUGAGGACAUUCGGCAUCGGCUCCCGACACCAGUCGUCGGUCAGCGUGAUCCCGUGCAGCCUCUACUAUAAAUCAAGCCCUAAUGAUAGCCAGACGGAGAAGGAAAAAAUAUGGGAAAGUGAAACCCACACCGGCUGGACUCGGUUCAUGUCCUCAGUGCGCGCGCGCACCAACUUGGCCCAGGUGCUGCAUCAGGUGCGCGCCGAUGCAGCUCUCACCUUUGACUGGAUAUUCCUGUUGGUGGUGGCAGCAUUUGUCGCUGCCAUAGGACUGGUGGAGAAUUCCACUGUUGUUUUGGUGGCCAGUAUGCUCAUUUCACCUUUAAUGGGUCCUAUAACUGCAGGCACCCUGGGCACUGCCGUCAAGGACAGGUCUCUGCAACACAUGGGCUUCAUGCACGAGACCCUAGGCUUGUUCCUGUCGCUCGUGAUCGGCUUUAUCUUCGGCCUGGCCAUCUGUGCUGUGGAUGAACGAUAUGGCGUUGGAGACUGGCCUACGUAUGAGAUGAUGACGCGCUGUGAGAUUCGCUCCCUAUGGGUGGGAGUGCUGAUCGCGAUCCCAAGCGGCGCAGGAGUGGCGCUGGCAGUACUUGGAGACUACACCGCCUCUCUGGUGGGCGUGGCCAUCUCAGCAUCCUUACUGCCUCCAGCUGUUAACGCUGGUCUGCUAUGGGCCAUGGCGCUGGUCCACCUGAUCUACGCAGAUGACGAGACCCGCUGGACGCAAGUGGUGACAACCGCCAACUUCAGCUCGGACAACGCGGCGGAACUCGCCGUCCUCGGCUCCAUCUCGCUCUGUCUCACUCUCAUCAAUAUUGUGUGCAUCUACGUCGCCGGCUACGUUGUUUAUAAGGUUAAAGAAGUGUAUCCACUUGAGAGACGAGAUAUCUCCUGGUGGAGAGCGAAUAAAAAACGUCUGCAGUCUUCAGUCAACAGGAAACAUGACGGAGGCUGGGAUAACUACAGCAAAUGGAGCAACGAGCCAGAUGAGAUAAAACAAGAGAUGGUGAAGAAAGAAUCACCGGCGGUGCAUGGUGACACCGUCACCUAUCGCCGUCAUCACAUCGGCGGCAGGCCGAAGGCGCAGCAUAUAGAGGACUACUGCUACCAAACUCCACACGACCUCAUCGGUCCUUUAAAUGCCGACCCAUCAAAAAUCAAUGCUGAAGGACAAAACAAAAGUAAACCAGAAAAGAACAUCAGCUGGAAGGACGCUAACUCAAAUGAACAGAGAUAUGGACCAGACAGUUUCUACAAUAUCGGCUUCGAAAAUGAUGUAGAUGAUAAUGAUAAUAGCCAUCCUGUUAUUGAGCCGUCUUCAAACCACACUGUCGACGCGAGGCAUUACGCUGUAGCUCUGGAAAAGAAAUCUUUCCACGUAUGACGUACCUUCGUACUUGUAUUGCUAUUUGAUUUAUUGUUACAAAUGUAUGUAUGUACUUAAAGACAAUAAGAUCAUAUCCUAUGGAUUCAUAAAUAAAAUAUAUGUGUACUUACUUAAUAAAUAGUAGCGAAUUGUACCUAAAGAAAUUAAAAUGCUCUCUCUUAUAAGUGUACAGAAAUAUUAUUUGAAUUUUCAUCAUAAAUAUUUAUGUGGUUUAACUUCAAAGAUUUUUUAUAUUGUCAGUUUGUAUUUUAAAUUAGUUUAAGUAUGAUUUGCACUCGAUUUUUAUGAAAUAAAGAUUGUUUUGAAAUGUUUCA